GCGCACACGCGUCUCAAAUUUCCUUCCUGUAGGUUAAUGCUCGGUUGUUGCAACGAUUAAAAAAAAGAUAGGAUGUUCUAGAGUUCCGACAGCUCAGAGCAAAAUCGUUCGAACCGUGAAGAGUGUGAUAUCACACUUUCAUUGUCAGUGAUAAUUGCUGAAUCAGCGGAGGAAAAGGACUUUGGAUGAAAUAGAAAAGGAAUCAGAAGCCAAUACAACUGAUAAUUUUCACAAAGUUACCGGACACUCAGGGACAGCUGACACGUCAUGAUUAAACCCAAAAUUUGGACACCUGACGCUAUUAUUUUAUUUCUCUCCUCACUGUUAGAGGGUUCACAACCUCAAACAAGAAUGAAGAACAUUUUGAUUGUUCUUGUCGCCAUCCUCUUUUGUUUGGGAUAUCCUACCAGCUCUACAGCUGCAGCCGAGUAUGUUCCAGUGGGUUGCUUUAAAGAUACAUUUCGACAAAGAGCUCUGCCAAAACUGCUGGCUAACUAUCGUGGAAAUAUAGCCUGGAACACUGAUUUAAGUUAUAUUGUCAAGAAAUGUGCCCAGGAGGCGAAGAAGAAGAAUUACGUGUAUUUCAGCGUCCAGUUUUACGGAGAAUGCUGGAGUGGAGAAAUUGCCCAACAGACAUAUGACCGCUAUGGGAGAUCUUCUAGAUGUACCAGUCAUGUUGGCAAAGAAAACACCAAUAUGGUGUACAGAUUAGCAGGAGAUGAACAAGAGUGCAAAAUCUAUUCUAAACUGGACACAGAUGAUCGAGCCGCCUCCAUCAUGACAGGCUCUACCGCAUUGUGUGAUAAGCAGCUUGCAACGGGAUGGUACCGGUUUCUUCCUCCCGCCGGAAAUCGGAUGGCUUCCGAAUGUGUUCCGAGCAGGAGAUGUGGAACUGCAGUCACCGGCUGGCUGUCAUCCUCCCACCCCAAAAUGACUGACGGGAUUGUUGAUGGCACGGUCUGCUUCAACUGGAAAAAUGAAUCGAAUUGUUGUCAGUUUUCUCAGAGAAUCCAGGUUCGAAACUGUGGUAGGUUCUUCGUCUACAAGCUGGUAAAGACGAAAGGAUGUCCAAUGCGUUUUUGUUCCGAGACCUAGUGAAAUUUCUAUGGCUGUUAAAGCCCCAAGGAGCCUCCAUCGAUGAAGGAAAAAGGGAUCACCGCGUUUCAUUUGAAUCAUACUGUAAAUUAAUGCCUUAUUUGAGCUUUGAGCGUGUAAAGUCGACAUUUAUUAAAAAUGAAUUAAGUAAAAUAAGUGAAAAUAAAAGCUUGUCCGUCAGUAAUGACA